UUAAUUAAAACUGCCCUACAUUGCUGAUUUCUGGUUUUGGAUUAUGAUUUGUCUCAAUAAUUUGAGACCUCUUGACUGUGGUUGGAAAACUUAACCGAAAUUUCUGUAGACAAUUACUGGUUCUGUAUUUUUUUUUUUGAGAACUUUCUCAUAAGUUAUUGUUAUUAGUUUCAUUGAAAUUUUUCUUUAUAACUGCUUUUGCCCUUAGGUUCAGAACAUACAAGAUUAAGAUCAUUUUGAUGUUGGUUAAUAGGAGCCUUUAACUUUGGCAAAACUCGAAGCACUUUUUUUUCCAAAUAGAUUUCAGUCUUUAUUACCAAGGUUGAAGAAGGGAGGGGGGGGCGAGUGAAAACAAGUAAUAUUUAUCCACAUGAUUUAUAGAAGCAUGCAUCUUUUUUUCUUUGAAAACCUGAAGACCUGUGAUGAUCAGCAACCACUCAGCAGCAUGAGUUCACUUCGAUGAACAUUUUUGCUCUACACUAAACAGGUAAGUGACAGGUUGAGAUUCUGUACAUUAUCCUCAGCAAUGCUUUAUCUUGAAUCUCCAUGGAAACAAUUUAAAUUUUAAAGCUGCCAAAAUUAAACAUGUCUAACUAGGGCCUUUGAAUAACUUUUCAUCUUUCCUGUAGUAUAUUUUCCAAACUCGAAGCACUUUUUUUCCAAAUAGAUUUCAGUCUUUAUUGCCAAGGUUGAAGAAGGGAGGGGGGGGGGGGGGGGAAGGGAGUGAAAACAAGUAAUAUUUAUCCACAUGAUUUAUAGAAGCAUGUAUCUUUUUUUCUUUGAAAACCUGAAGACCUGUGAUGAUCAGCAACCACUCAGCAGCAUGAGUUCACUUCGAUGAACAUUUUUGCUCUACACUAAACAGGUAAGUGACAGGUUGAGAUUCUGUACAUUAUCCUCAGCAAUGCUUUAUCUUGAAUCUCCAUGGAAACAAUUUAAAUUUUAAAGCUGCUAAAUUAAACAUAUCUAACUAGGGCCUUUGAAUAACUUUUCAUCUUUCCUGUAGUAUAUUUUCCAAAAUCAUCAGCUAUAGCCUUAACAAUCUAAGGAGUUUUGGAUCACUAAACAAAGUAAUGAUGUUCCAACUUUCUCUUUUGACCCUCUAUUUGUAACUUCAACCAGCACAGAAUUUUCCAACUAGCUUAGCGCUUUGAGGGCUAACCGCUAUUUUCUGUUUUGAGGGCUUGGCAUAGUGGGUUUUUGGCUUUCCACUAUUUUCCGCGAUCCGCAAUUAACAUCACUGCUCACUUCACAUUCUCGUGCCCCUCAUCUGUUUCCUUGAUCAUUACCUUAUUUAUUUUCUCCUUUUUCCUUUCAGGAUUAUGAUAAAUUUGGUAUGAAAUUCCCAAAUUUUAGUUUCAAUGUAUCCCAUCAAGGCUAUGUGGCCAUAGCAUCUGAACCUGUAUGCCUUGUGGGGAUAGACACCGUCUCAUAUGCUAUACCACAAGGAGAAACAAUUACGGAAUUUAUUCAAUUCUUCUCAUCAUACUUUUCAAGUUUGGAAUGGUUUAGCAUAGUUAAUGAUGGCACUUCUGAUGAUGUCUUCAUUGAAUUUUACAGGUAUUGGAGCCUAAAAGAAGCUUAUGUUAAAGCUUUAGGGAGUGGACUGACUGAAGGGUUGAAUAAAGUGGAGUUUUCGCACACAAACUGGACCAACAUAUCAGCUAAAAUGAAUGGGAAGGUUUUGACUGAGUGGAGAUUCUGGCUGUUUGAACUUAGAGAAAGACAUUGUAUCUCAAUUGCAAGAGGUGACCCAAUAUCAGCUUCUGAUUACAAAUCAACGUUGAAGAAAGUGGAUUUUACUGAAGAUGAAUAUAAUCUUGGUCUUCAUCUUCCAAAUGUUGACUUUGUUAAACUAGGUGUACAAAUACUUGUUUCAGUUUUUUAACAGAAAGCACUUUAUUGUAAGCAUGGAGGUUAGAUGGUAAUGUGUAAAUCUUUCGAAACGAAUGUUUGUUCAAAUCAAUGGAAAUAUUGUUAGAGUUAAGAAUCA